AUGCAUCUUUCAACGACACUAUCUCUGCGUAGAAUUCUGAACAGUGGAUUUCACCCAUUCCAAGUGAUUCCAAAACCAGAUGUAUGGAUGAAGCGAGAACGUCUUAAUCGGUUCACAGCGUGGCAAUACGCUUCGGAGAGAAGCACAGUGAAAGGAGCUUACCGAAAAGAAGACAAGAUCUUCACGUAUUUGAGCAUGCAACGCGAGGAUGAGAAGAAACUCGAGAAAUUCCACGCUGAAGAACGAGUUCGAACUGCUCUUGCUGAGCAUGACAUGGAAUACUCAAAGUUCAAGACAGUUCUCUCACAGUCACAUAUUCUUCUCGACAACAUAUGCCUUUCACAGCUAGCUAUAUACGAACCAAGGUCUUUCAGAAGUCUCGUUGCAUUUGCUAAAGAACUUGCUCGCCAGGAGGGAAUGAAUGUGAUUCCAGACGACUCUGAAUUUUCUUAUGAUGUUCAUGUUGAUAAUAAGUCAGUACUCCGUAAACCACUUCCACGAGCUGUCGAGUACACACGAGGAGCCACUGAAAAUCAUACUAACAAGCCUCGAAAACUGCGUGAAGAAGAGUAUUAA